AGGCGGUGAUGGGUUGACAGGUGCGUGACAGUCGGGAGCUUCUCCGCAGGCAUGUACGGCAAAGGCAAGAGCAACAGCAGCGUCCCGUCCGACAGCCAGGCCCGCGAGAAAUUAGCACUGUACGUAUAUGAAUAUCUGCUCCAUGUAGGAGCACAGAAAUCAGCUCAGACAUUUUUAUCAGAGAUAAGAUGGGAAAAAAACAUCACACUGGGGGAGCCCCCAGGAUUCUUGCAUUCCUGGUGGUGUGUGUUCUGGGAUCUCUACUGUGCAGCUCCAGAAAGACGAGAAACAUGUGAACACUCAAGUGAAGCAAAAGCCUUUCAUGACUAUAGUGCUGCAGCAGCUCCCAGCCCAGUGCUAGGAAACAUUCCCCCAGGAGAUGGCAUGCCAGUAGGUCCAGUACCACCGGGGUUUUUUCAGCCUUUCAUGUCCCCCCGGUACCCUGGAGGCCCAAGGCCACCUCUCAGAAUACCCAACCAGGCCCUCGGAGGUGUCCCGGGGAGUCAGCCCCUCCUGCCCAGCGGGAUGGACCCCACACGGCAGCAGGGUCAUCCAAACAUGGGUGGGCCGAUGCAGAGGAUGACUCCUCCAAGGGGAAUGGUGCCAUUAGGACCACAGUCUGACCCUUGGUUGUCGUUGCAGAACUAUGGAGGUGCCAUGAGACCCCCUCUGAACGCUUUAGGUGGCCCGGGGAUGCCUGGGAUGAACAUGGGUCCUGGGGGUGGUAGACCUUGGCCAAACCCAACCAAUGCCAAUUCUAUCCCUUAUUCCUCAGCCUCUCCUGGGAACUACGUGGGUCCUCCAGGCGGUGGAGGGCCACCAGGAACACCCAUCAUGCCCAGUCCUGCAGAUUCAACCAACUCUGGAGACAACAUGUACACUUUAAUGAACGCUGUGCCACCUGGGCCCAACAGACCUAAUUUCCCACUGGGGCCAGGCUCGGAGGGACCCAUGAGCGGACUGGGUGGAAUGGACUCGCACCACAUGAACGGAUCAUUAGGCUCAGGAGACAUGGACAGUAUUUCCAAAAACUCUCCCAGUAAUAUGAGCAUGAGCAACCAGCCUGGCACUCCCAGGGAUGACAGUGAGAUGGGUGGAAACUUCCUAAACCCUUUUCAGAGCGAGAGUUACUCCCCUAGCAUGACAAUGAGCGUGUGACCCGUUCGCAAGCGUCGCCGUGAAGACCACAGUGAGUUGGCCCUCCCCAGAGAGCUACUGCAGAAGAAAAUUAUUCGUCCCAGUGUACAGUUUAACUAAAGGAUCUCAGACACAAUCAGACCCACCUGUUUGUUUUUUUUUCUCCUACCAUCUCCCCUGUUUUGUCAAGAAAGCGGGUCCCAAACACGCUCGAGACAACUGUAAGGAGGGGCAUGAGAGAAGCGCCCGAGGUGGAGCUGCCAGCGCCUGUCUGUGUGUGUACAUGUGUGGGUCAGCGUGGGGUGUGUGUGUGUGCCAUCCAAACACACACACACACACAGACCCCAGGACACUGUCAAAUAGGAUCACAUGACAUCUUGCAUAGAAAUCAGAAGUAGGGACUUUUAUUCCAUUUUUUUUUUUUUUUCACGUUUACAUUUUAAUUAUUAAAAUUUGCUUUCCCUCUCCCAUCCUGAACUGUUUUAUGUUGCAUAUAUCACUGCUUUGUAAGUUAUUUUUUAAGUUGAACUCAAAGGAUAAAUUCUUUUGAUUUUGUUAGUGUCUGCCAUUAUGGAUAGGAAUAAAAUUGCUUCUACGAGCUUUCAUUACCUUGUGUUUGAUACCAGCUACCCUGUGAAUCACAAAUUGUACUGUCUCAAGAAAUAGAAGAAAGCUCAUCUUAAUUUUUUGGAGAAAUUUAAUAACUUCCACCUAGUUUGGGGAUUUUUUUUGAUACUUUGCCUUUAAGAGAAAAAAAGCACUGAAGGUUAUUUUUCUUCUUUAAUUGAAGCCUAAUAUCUGCAAUAUCUAUUUUAAAUGAAAGCCUGAAUUUGAUACAAGCUUCUCAGUUUAUAUAGAGUACUAUAAGGUUACUGUAAGUGAGCUCCAAUUGCUAUAGAAUCUAGCAAUAAAGUGUCAGGGGUUCUCCUGCCCUCGGAAUUGAGUUUUCUAUUUAGCAUGGUCUUCUGUAGGGGUGGUAGUUAGUGGAAAUACAGUAGAGUCCUUAUCACCAAAACAUUUUCCAACAACCUGCAAUUAUGUUUCCCAUUUUCAGCGAUUCUCAAACAUAUAUGAGCAAUCUGUGUUCCCGAUUAUAAACAGUAUUUCCCAAGCCCAUUUAGAAAAUCAGGUCACCCUGCUGCUUGGGUGUGUGUUUUCUGCCAUAUCUGCCAGAAUUAAUUCCCACAAAACUUUCCAGUCAGCAGCCUUUUUUUUUUUCUUUGAGCCAAAAUGCCACAGUAAACUUUUUAUGACUACUAGCCUUGUUGUGAGGGUGUUACCUUUUGCCAUGAAUAGAAAGGAGCAAAGGUCUGGGUCCUUUUAGAGGGGGAACAUACAGUUAGGUAUGAAAGCUGGCGCCAGGAUGCAGAAAAAGGCCUAAAGGAAACGCUUCUGGAAGCAUUCCCAUUUCUCUUGAGGCAGAGCUCUGAAACCAAGACUGUGGUACUUUUACUUAGUUCCUGAUGAUUUUCAGCUCCCCCAGGAAAACAAAGGUUUUCGGUUUGUAGUGAUACAAAAGCUGAUGAUCAGCAAUGCAGGCACAAAGUGGCUCAGCAGAAAUUUGUGCCACAGACAAACAGCAAAUUCCUCUCUUUGGACUUUAAUCCAGAGGAGCCACUUGCAGAGCAGGAGCAGUUCUGGGAUGUGGUAUAUCCAUGUGCAAGGGGAUUUUCUUUCAUGAGCUUGUGAUAAAGGAAUGUCACCCAUAUGUGAUGGGCUUGUGAUGGUAGCUGGAUGUGUAAGGAAUUCUACAAUCUCCUGACUCAUUUUUAUUUCCAUAUAUUAUACAUAUAUGACAUAUGGAAAUAAAAAGGUUUAACAUGUUACUCUCCUGUUAGGGUUACUCAAAGAUGAAAGUCUCAGAGGAUCAAAAUUACAUUGAAGUAUCAAAGAUUUUGUUAGCGUUACUUUUUAGUAAGAACUACUUGAUUAGAUGUAAACAUGACCUAGAUAGUCGUUAGAUGGUUUUGUAGGCUGUAUUCUUAUUGAUUAUGAAGGUCACAUUCAUUUGCUUCUCUUUGGAAAGCACUUUGUUGCUGUCUCCAGAGAUGCUGGAAGACCCUGCUAUUGGCUCGAAUCACAAACACAAAA